AUGUUGGAUCCCAUACCACCCUCACCGCAAUGGCUGCAAGAUGCCUUCCGCCCGAUGUCAGAGAAACUAGGGCUUCAUUCCAUGCCACUCCACAUUCAUGAGAUCAUCUUCUCCUUCGUCGGCUACCAACUCAUUCAAUCCAUAGUGUCCCCCUAUCUCUCAACCGUCUUGUUCCCCAAGUUAUACCCUCACUUCAGCCAUCGGACGAAGCUGAACUGGGACGUUCAUGUCGUCUCUCUUGUACAAAGUUCUCUCAUCAACGCCGUAGCCCUGUGGGUCAUGUUUGCGGACGAGGAUCGGCAGAGUCUGAAUUCGUCUGAGAGGGUUUGGGGUUAUUUGGGGUCAUGUGGCUUGAUACAAUCUAUGGCAGUGGGAUAUUUUAUUUGGGACUUGAUUGUUAGCACGCGGUAUAUGAAGAUAUUUGGGAUUGGACUCUGGUUCCACGCUGUCAGUGCACUGUGGGUGUUUAGCUUGGGAUUCCGGCCUUUCGUAAACUAUUAUGGCCCAACCUUCAUCCUCUAUGAGCUCUCCAGCCCAUUCCUCAAUUUCCACUGGUUCUUCGACAAAGUCAACAUGACAGGCAGCAAGGUGCAGUGGUAUAAUGGAAUGGUGCUGCUGUCAGUGUUCUUCUGUUGUCGCCUUGUGUGGGGUACAUGGCAAUCCACACGCGUCUUCAUGGACAUAUUCAGCGCGUACAGGCAAGCGGGUGGUAGAUCCGCGCUGGCCCCAUUAAAUGUCCAUUUAUUUUUCCAGGACAGGAGCUCUAUGCCCUGUGCAACAGAGACUUGUACCAUGGCAAACGCUGAAAUUUCUAAAUUCGCGGAUGCUCAGAACAUCAGUGGCAUUCCCAUCUGGCUCAUUGCAACGUACCUCGGAAGCAACCUUAUUCUCAACUCGUUGAAUUUCUACUGGUUCUGGAAAAUGAUAGAAACUGUCAUGAAACGAUUCCGAGUUCCGGCACCCGACGCACAAGAAAAGACAAAACCUGAAGAGUCUAAGAUCAAGGUCAAGCUGGGAGCACCCAAUAGCCACGCUAUCGUCCUCGAGGCAGCUGCCAAACUUGAACAAGAAGAAAGACUUUUCAUCAACGGCGGUAUUUCUGACUAUACUGGGGAUGAAACCGUGGCUGUAUCCUCAUCGACUGCAACUGCAACCACUCCUUCAGCCAGGAGAUGGAAGACAUAG